AUGCGUAGAACUGUGCCAAGACUUCCCUCUUUACUUCUGUUGCUUUUUCUGUUCUGUCUACAGCUUUGUAGUUCCUCCCCUCCCACUCCCGUUACCACAACAGCUGUAGCUCAACCUCACCCUAUUGCUCGUCGUGUUUGUAAUACUUCUAAGUGGCCAGAGCCGAUAGAUCUUGAUCCACCAGGCAUUUUUGUUGAGAUCCCUUAUAUUCCCCAACCUAGUCGAUGGCCAGAACCAAUGGAUUUGGAUCCUCCUGGCAUCUAUGUUGCCAUUGAUUAUG